AUGGAUGCUGAUCCGCGGCAGUAUGAGAACAUUGUUAUAGAUUCUUGUUUACUAAUGUGCUGGUUUUACCACAACAUAUCUGGUCGAGGAGAAUGUCCCAUGACAUCUGAUGGGCACAGUUACCAGUUUGCUUCAGUUUUUUGCUAUCUUUAUUGGAGGUCUUUCAUAAAUGACAUCCACAAGAUUGUUCGCUCAUAUCUUGUUCACAAUUGCUUCAAAGACACAUUGGAGUCGUUCAUUGCUUGUACUGGGGUGAAGCAGCCUGUUGAUCAUCUGGAGGACAUGGAGAAAAGGAAAAGAAUUUUCCAUUUUGCAUUAGAUGGAAAUGCAUCUAAGGCCAUCGAGUUAACAGAAGAAUUUGCUCCUGGCUUGUUGGAGGAAAAUAAAGAUUUGCAUUUUGAUCUUUUGAGCCUUCAUUUUGUUGAGCUUGUGUGCUCUAGGAAAAUUGAUGAAGCUCUAGGUUUUGCUCAGUCCAAGUUCACUCCUUUUGGGAAAGAGCAAAAAUAUGUCGAGAAGCUCGAAGACUUUAUGGCUCUUCUUGCUUAUGAGGAACCAGAGAAGUCACCAAUGUUCCAUCUACUGAGCUCGGAACACAGACACCAUGUUGCAGACAGUUUAAACAGGGCAAUUCUUGCACACACUAAACUGCCCAGCUACUCAGAAAUGGAAAGGCUAAUACAGCAGACAACUGUCGUUAGGCAGUGCUUGAGCCAAGAAUUCGGCAAGGACGGACAACAACUCUUCUCGUUGAAGGAUUUUCUCAAGAGCUAGGCCUUCCUCAAAGCAACCGGCAAGAUAUAUAUUUUCCAUUGGUGGCUUGAGGUUUGUGGCAUGCAACACUUCGCUUAUGAAAAGUUCCUUUACUUAGUCAUGAGUGAAGUCGGUAACUAUCAGGGCCUGCAUUUCUCGUAUGUAUGUUUAAAUAUGAGCCAAUUGCGGACCUAUUUUCAUCUUGAGGCGCUCUAUGAGCCUGGACGUAGAGAGUUGUAAAAAGCAGAGCGAUCCAGUCUCGUCUUUCUACUCAGGAUCUUCUGGGCUUUCAGAUUGUGUAUAUGUUUUAGAAACAAGGGAGACAAAAAAAGUUUUGCAACAAUGUAUGUUGCUAAAUGCCAUGUGCUCUUCUGCGCGCAGUAUCAAUGGAAUCAUGUAGCAAGUGAACGUUCGUUCUGAGCUUUA